AUGGGGGACCUGCAGAUAUGGAGACCACAGUCCAGUUUAUUCACGAAAGCUGGAUGGACUAAGGUACUCAGGGGACUGGGGGACUCGACUGGGGGACUUAGGGGACUGGGGGACUCGACUGGGGGACUCAGGGACUGGGGACUCAGGAGACUGGGGGACUCAGGGACUGGGGGACUCAGGGGACUGGGGGACUGGGGGACUCAGGGGACUGGGGGACUCAGGGGACUGGGGGACUCAGGGGACUGGGAGACUGGGGGACUCAGGGGACUGGGGGACUCAGGGGACUGGGGGACUCAGGGGACUGGGGGACUCAGGGGACUGGGGGACUCAGGGGACUGGGGGACUCAGGGGACUGGGGGACUCAGGGGACUGGGGGACUCAGGGGACUGGGGGACUCAGGGACUCUGGGGACUCAGGGACUUCGGGGACUCAGGACCUUCGGGCUAG